CCCAUCCCUGCUUUCGCUGUUGCCCAGCCCCCGCGCGCGCGCACUGCAGUCCUGGGUGGUGGGGGAACAUGCCGUGGCCGUUGCCCUCGCAACGUAACCGGGAGACCGGUAUUUGUAAAUCUGUGCUUCGACUUCUAAUCCCGAAGCCGGCAGGUUACUAUGGAAACAUGACCACAUAAAAGGAAGUCCAUUCUCAUAAUUCUGAUGCAUGAGAUGUAACUGGACUAAAGAGUAGAACAGGAAAAAAAUUAGUGCCAACCUCAAUUACAAUGGCUACUGAUUCAGGGGAGCCAGCUAGCACAGAAGAUUCUGAGAAACCUGAUGGAGUUUCAUUUGAAAACAGAGUUCAUCAGAUGGCAACAAUUUUGACAGUGGAAGCUAGACGAAAGGAAAAAGACGGUAUCAUCUCUGCUUCUGGAGAAACUAUAGAAAGGAAGAGAUUUUUCCGAAAGAGUGUUGACGACAAAGUCAUUGAAUCUUCCUCCAAAGAUCAGAGAACAAAGACCGUAACAAACAUUCCAAGAGUAGAAAAGCUUCCCACAAAUGUGCUAAGAGGUGAACAAGAAGUUAAGUUCACACAAUAUUCAAAGGCAGCUUCUGAUUCCUCCAAAGAUUGUUUCAAGGAGAGAAAUGAAAAGGAAAUGGAAGAAGAAGCAGAAAUGAAGGCCGUAGCUACUUCUCCUAGUGGCAGGUUCCUGAAAUUUGACAUCGAGUUGGGAAGAGGAGCAUUUAAAACAGUAUAUAAAGGAUUGGACACUGAAACAUGGGUUGAGGUUGCUUGGUGUGAGUUGCAGGACCGGAAAUUAACCAAAGCUGAGCAGCAAAGGUUCAAGGAAGAAGCAGAGAUGUUAAAGGGUCUCCAGCAUCCCAAUAUAGUUCGAUUUUAUGAUUCCUGGGAGUCUAUAUUAAAAGGAAAGAAAUGCAUUGUAUUAGUGACUGAACUUAUGACAUCAGGAACAUUAAAGACGUACUUAAAACGAUUUAAAGUCAUGAAACCAAAGGUCCUAAGGAGCUGGUGCAGGCAAAUUUUAAAGGGGUUGCAGUUCUUGCACACUAGGACUCCACCUAUUAUUCACCGGGAUCUGAAGUGUGACAAUAUUUUCAUCACGGGACCUACUGGAUCUGUGAAGAUUGGUGAUCUAGGCCUAGCCACCUUAAUGCGCACAUCAUUUGCUAAGAGUGUCAUUGGGACUCCUGAAUUUAUGGCCCCAGAGAUGUAUGAAGAGCACUAUGAUGAAUCUGUAGAUGUCUAUGCUUUUGGAAUGUGUAUGCUGGAAAUGGCAACUUCGGAGUACCCUUAUUCUGAGUGCCAAAAUGCAGCUCAAAUAUACCGUAAAGUAACUAGUGGCAUAAAACCAGCCAGCUUUAAUAAAGUCACUGAUCCUGAAGUGAAAGAAAUCAUUGAAGGUUGUAUUCGUCAAAACAAAUCUGAAAGGUUGUCUAUCAGGAACCUACUAAACCACACAUUUUUUGCUGAGGAUACCGGACUGAGAGUGGAGUUAGCAGAGGAAGAUGAUUGCUCAAAUUCAUCCCUGGCUUUAAGACUCUGGGUGGAAGACCCUAAAAAAUUGAAAGGCAAGCACAAAGACAAUGAAGCUAUUGAAUUCAGUUUUAAUGUAGAGACGGAUACACCUGAAGAAGUAGCAUAUGAAAUGGUCAAGUCAGGAUUCUUCCAUGAAAGUGAUUCCAAAGCUGUUGCUAAGUCCAUUAGAGACCGGGUGACCCUGAUAAAGAAAAUAAGAGAGAAGAAGCCAGCUGGCUGUUUGGAAGAACGCAGGGAUUCUCGGUGCAAGUCUGUGAGGAAUGUUUUCCCUCAACUCCAGAAUACAACUUUGCCCCCUGCUCAUGCUCAGCAUACUGUGACUGAAUGUGAAGAAACUGAAGUCGAUCAACAAGUGCGACAACAGUUUCUAUUAAGAAAACCACAGCAGUACUGCUCCUCUGUUACAGGUGACACUUUGUCCGAGGCAGGAGUUGGAUCAGUUAUACACUCAGAUACAAAUCAGCCCAGUACAGCCUAUUCCUCAGACCAGAUGAUGGGUUCUCAAAUGGUUUCUAACAUGCCACCAGCUGAAAUAAAAGUUCCUGGGAAAAUUUAUCCAUCCCAGCAGCUCGUAGGACAUUACCAGCAGGUUUCACUGAAGCAGCCAAAGCUGACUCAGUCCCAAAUUUUGCCUUUGACUCAAGGUCAGUCCACUGUUUUGCCUGUACAUGUCCUUGGACCGCCAGUUGUCUCACAACCUCUGGUGUCCCCAUUAACUGUCCAGAAGGUCUCACAGAUAAAGCCUAUAUCCCAACCAGUUGGAGUUGAACAGCAAGCAACUCUUCUAAAACCAGAUUUAGUUAGAAGUUUGCAACAUGAUAUGGCAGCUGUGAAGGAAAACACCAAUGCCUCUGACAACCCAAGUGGAAAUGGCAAACAAGAUCGGAUCAAACAGAGAAGAGCUUCCUGUCUUAGACCAGAGAAAGGGACUAAAUUUCAGCUUACUGUUCUUCAGGUGUCAACCUCUGGAGACAACAUGGUGGAAUGUCAACUGGAGACACACAAUAACAAGAUGGUGACUUUCAAGUUUGAUGUUGAUGGUGAUACACCAGAGGAUAUAGCAGACUAUAUGGUGGAAGAUAACUUUGUGCUGGAAAGUGAGAAAGAAAAAUUUGUAGAAGAAUUGAGGGCUAUUGUAGGUCAAGCCCAGGAGAUUCUUCAUGUCCACUCUGCUGCAGAAAAAACCACUGGAGUCGACUCUGUUAAUGUGGAAUCCAACAGUAACCAAACAGGAUCAUGUGAACAAGUACAGAUAAAUUCUGCAUCCACUCAAACCAGCAAUGAAUCUGUUCCUCAGUCAUCCCCAGUUGGUCGGUGGCGAUUCUGUAUCAAUCAAACAAUAAGAAACCGUGAAGCUCAAUCCCCUCCUUCUCUUCAGCAGUCCAUGUCUACAGUUCCUGGGCUGUAUCCACUUUCUAGUCCAAGAAAAAUAAAUAAUAAGGAUUUAUCACAGGAUACACUGCUCACUCUAGAAAAUAAUCCAUCCCAGCGUGUACUUUUCACCUCCAAGUCAGAACACAAGGAUGUAGUUGAUGGUAAGAUUUCUGAAUGUGCCAGUGUAGAAACUAAGCAACCAGCUAUACUUUAUCAAGUGGAAGAUGACAGGCAUAUAAUGACACCUGUUGCUAGUAGUUCCACUUACACUGCUACUUCAGUUCAUACUGUUCCAGUUGAAUGUGAGGGACUCACCAACCAAGCAGGAAUAUUUCUACCUGUGAAUCCAUGUCACCAAGCUUCCAGUCAGGCUAAUGUACUUAUGGCACCUCCUGGCGAGUCAACUCAUAUUGCUGGUAACUCUCUUAGAACUUCAGCAUUUAUGUCUGAUCAGAAGCCUCUGUCCUUAUCAGUGCAGCAGCCAACCAUAGAUGCAGAGUUUAUAUCCCAAGAAGGAGAAACCACAGUGAACACUGAAGCAAGUUCUCCUAAGAUGGUUGUUUCCACUCAGACCCCCAGCCUUGAACCGACUACCCUUCUACCCACUACUGUCCUGGAAUCAGAUGGGGAAAGACCUCCAAAAAUGGAGUUUGCAGAUAACCGAAUUAAAACUCUGGAUGAAAAAUUAAGAAACUUGCUCUAUCAGGAGCAUAGCAUAACUAGUGUCUAUCCCGAGAGCCAGAAGGAUACCCAAAACAUAGACUCUCCAGUUUCUUCCUGUGCUGAAGAUGUACUCUCAUGUCCAGUGUCAGAAGUCAUAGCCAUCAGUCACUGUGGAAUUCAAGACAGUUCUGCACAGUCCCCUAAUUUUCAGCAGACAGGCUCUAAGAUUCUGUCCAAUGUGGCUGCCAGUCAGCCUGCUAUCAUGUCAGUGUUCAAAAGGGACCUGAAUGUGAUAACUUCUGUACCCAGCGAAUUAUGUUUACAUGAGACGUCCUCAGAUGCUUCACCUCCAGGGGACCCAGAGACCUAUCCUGCUGAUGUGUCAAGAGGUGGAGCCAUUCGUCUGCAGACAGGAGGUGGAUAUUUUGGCCUAAGCUUUACUUGUCCUAGUCUCAAAAAUCCUAUUAGCAAGAAAUCCUGGACUCGAAAAUUAAAAAGCUGGGCAUACAGGCUACGGCAGUCAACCAGCUUUUUCAAGAGAUCAAAAGUCCGUCAAGUGGAAACAGAAGAUAUGAGGUCAGCAGUUGCUCCUGAACCCAUUCCUCUGACAGGAGAGUCCACAGCUGAUACUAGGGCUUUGAGUAGAUGUAAAGCAGUGAGUGGAUCAUUCCAGCGGGGUCGGUUCCAGGUGAUUACAGUUCCUCAGCAGCAGCCAGUGAAAGUGGCAUCUUUUGGAAUAGAACACAGACCAGCCUUCACUGAAAUGACAAGCCAUUCUAGUGAAGAAGCUCUACCCUCUACUGAAACAGCAAAGGUUCAGCUGGUUGAAAUGGAACCUGCCACACACAAUCCACAAACUUUAUUUUCUCCUCAGAAGUUACAAACCCUUCAUGAAACAAUUAAGGAAGAUAAAGGAAUUCCUAAACAAAGUGACAACUUCUCAUCUUUCAGCACAGCUUGUGAGAGUGAUGUCUCUUCAAUAACCCCUGAAAAGGAAUUGGAAGAAAAUUCAGCCACAGGAAGUAGCAUGCCGUCUGGGUCUGAUCAUUUGCCUAAAGAGAAAGAAAGACUUACUGUUGGGAAACAACCUAGCUCUGAUAGUGAAUUUUCAGCCUCUCUUGCUGGCAGAGGGAGCUCAGUAGCAAAGCCUUGUCCAGAGAGUAAUCAGUGCUUACCACUCCAUGAAGAAAAAGCCUACGCUCAAAGACAGAGCUCACUUUUCUAUUCGCCAUCUUCCCCAAUGAGCAGUGAUGAUGAAUCAGAAAUAGAGGAUGAGGACUUAAAGGUGGAGCUUCAAAGAUUACGAGAAAAACAUAUUCAGGAGGUGGUAAAUCUUCAAACCCAGCAGAAUAAGGAGUUGCAGGAGCUCUAUGAUCGCCUUCGGGCAAUCAAAAAUAGCAAAAUCCCUUCAUCAGAGAUUGCUCUUCCACCUGUGUCACCACCACGUAGACCAAGAUCUUUCAAAAGCAAACUUCGAAGUCGCCCCCAGUCGUUGACCCAUGUGGACAGUGGUGCAGUUGCUACAGAUCCACUAUGUGUGGAGAGUAAUACAACAUCAUGCCAGCAAUCUUCAGCUAGUAAAAAAGGGAUGUUCACAGAUGACUUACACAAACUGGUGGAUGACUGGACAAAGGAAACAGUAGGAAAUUCUCUUAUUAAGCCAAGUUUAAACCAACUUAAGCAGAGUCAACACAAAUUAGAGGCAGAUAACUGGAACAAGGUACAUGAAGUCUUUCAGAGCCUUGAAGAUCACCAUUUGGAAGUGGUGGCUUUUUUCAGGGAAAAUGGCUUCCAUGGCCUUCUUGCCCAUGACUCCGAGUAUGCUCUCUACAAUAUUCCAUUUUACUAUAGUUCCCAUGCUCUGAAGCUGAGCUGGAAUGGGAAGAACCUCACUACCAACCAGUUCCUGAUGCAGGAGGUAGCCAAGCAGCUGGGCCUGAAGCGGGUGAAUUUUCCCAUAUUUGCUGCGCUGCUAGGUAACCACAUUCUCCCAGAUGAGGACCUGGCUGCUUUUCACUGGAGCCUCUUGGGACCAGAACAUCCCCUUGCAUCCCUUAAGGUCCGAGCUCAUCAGUUGGUUCUUCCUCCUUGUGAUGUGGUGAUCAAGGCUGUUUCUGAGUACGUUAGUUCCAUCAAAGACCCCUCUAACCUGGAUGUGGUUGGGAAGGAUGUUUUCAAACAGUCUCAGUCCAGGACGGAAGAUAAAAUAGAGCGAUUCAAGAAAGCAGUUGAGUACUAUUCAGUCACAACCAAACUCCCUUCGCUGCCAGUGGGUUCCUCCUCCUUUCUAGAUUUUCAUAAUAAUCGGAUUGCAAAUCCUCCUCUUCCACGAAGGGAAAUGUGCACUAUUUCUGCUGGGAAGCCAAUGUUUGCUCACCAUGUGCCCCAGAAAAUGAAAUAUCCACCACCAUUCCCAUUGGGACCCAACUCCUCCCUUCUCUUCUCCCCCCAUGCUUUGGGGGAACCCCAUGGUUUUUCUGAGGAUCCCAUGCUGCAGGACAGCCCCUUUGCCAAUUGGGCUGUGUCUUAUGACUCCUCAUCACAGUUUCCCAAUUACCUGACUUCCAAAGCCUCACCUCCUCUGGGACCAGACUCUUCUCACUCUUCUUCCUCUGAUGGUGAUGAGCCAAAUGGACUCAGUUCUGAUCACUUCACAGAAACGUUUCAGCAGCAGCCUAGGUGGGAGGAUCCAAAUGGUGACAGAAGGUCUUGGGUACAGCCCAUUGUUGCUGGAGUUUCAGAUGCUACCCUCGGUGAUGGUGAGCCCCACAUCCCAUCUCUUCUUUCUAUGUCUACAAGGAACCACAUGGACGUCACCAUUCCGCCCUUACCUCCAGUACCUCCAGAAGUCUUGAGGGUUGCCGAACACAGACACCGAAGAGGUCUUAUGUACCCAUAUAUCUACCAUGUCCUCACUAAGGGUGAGAUUAAGAUCCCUGUAUGUAUUGAGGAUGAGUGUAACAUGGAGCUGCCUCCAGCUGCUCUCCUGUUCCGGUCAGCUCGUCAGUAUGUAUAUGGGGUCCUUUUCAGUCUGGCAGAGACACAGCGGAAAAUGGAACGCCUGGCCAUACAGCGACAGCUACCUGUGGAAGUUCCUUCAGUGAUCCUUAAAGAGUGGUCUGCCUAUAAAGGGAAGUCACCUCAAACACCUGAGCUGGUGCCUGCGCUGACAUUUAGGGAAUGGACUUGCCCAAACCUCAAGAAACUCUGGUUAGGCAAAGCAGUUGAGGACAAGAACAGAAGGAUGAGGGCCUUCCUGGCCUGUAUGAAGUCAGAUACACCCAGUAUGCUCAAUCCAGCUAAUGUCCCCACCCAUCUGCUGCUCAUGUGCUGUGUACUCCGGUACAUGGUUCAAUGGCCUGGUGGUCGAAUCCUGCAUCGCCAUGAGCUAGACACCUUCCUUGCACAGGCAGUAUCUUCCCAGCUUUAUGAACCAAAUCAGCUUCAAGAACUCAAGAUUGAGAAACUGGAUGCCCGAGGGAUCCAGCUUGCUGCCCUCUUCAUGAGUGGGGUUGACACAGCUCUGUUUGCUAAUGAUGCCUGUGGCCAGCCAGUCCCUUGGGAGCACUGCUGCCCCUGGAUUUACUUCGAUGGCAAGCUAUUCCAGAGCAAGCUAAUUAAAGCAGGCCGAGAUCGAGUAUCCCUGAUUGAGCUCUGUGAUGGCCAGGCUGACCUGGCAACCAAAGUGGAAAAGAUGAGACAGAGUAUCCUUGAAGGAGUCAACAUGAACUAUCCACCACCUUCUGCUCUACUGCCAUCGCCUACUUUUGUGACUCCCAUGGUGCCCUCUCUCUAUCCUGUUCCACUUUAUUCCCGAGCUGUGGGCUCCAUGCCACUUCCCCCUCAAGGAAGGAACCGAGGGUUUGCAGGUCUCCAUCCAAUCCCACCCCAAGGAGGAAAACUGGAGAUUGCUGGGAUGGUUGUGGGGCAGUGGGCUGGCAGCAGACCUUCCAGGGGCCGAGGCUCCUUUGGCAUGCAAGUGGUUUCUAUUGGUGGGCCAGGAAAGGGGUAUGGAAAGGAACAGACUGGUAGAGGACCCAAAGGACCUAAAAAAGGAAAUAAACAAGGCAUUUCAGAUGGAGUUUCUAAAUCCCUGGAGCCUCAUCAAAGCCACUCUUGCUCACAGGUAAAUGGAAACAAUGGCGCAUUGAUCAAGGAAGAGAAGAGUGAUAAUCAUCUUCCAGCUCCAUCACAGUGUGCCUUAUCCAGAGACAGCAGCAUGUAUAAUAAUGUUAACCGCUACUUCCCUGUGAAGAAUGAGGAGAAGAGCCACUUGGGAGAGCAAAAGCUGGAAACUGUAGCACAACAAAAAGAGGAAUAAGCUGCAGAUGGACUUACCAGAUCAGGAAGAGGGGAAAACAUAUACUUAUCUGAUUUUAGGCCCAAGUUAGAGGAGGACAUAAAUGCUUACCCUAGAUUUAGCCAGGAUUUUCUUGGGAUGUUGUAUUCUAUCCAUCUUUUUCUCUUCCCUGUCUUUUUUGGGGCCUCCAGACCUAGCAGUUUGCUUCUGGGGAAGAUCUGGUCAAAAAGGAAUGCCAACAGGACUGGCUCCUUUUGUCACAUUUAAUAUAAAAUGCCAGUAUUCUGUUUACCUCCCCUGGAAGCCUAGUAAGGUAGCUACUGUAAGAAAUUGGUGUCAUCGCAUAUGACCCUAUAAGAAAAGUUCCACCUCUUGUUUUGUGAGUCUUCAUCAUGACCCCCAUUUAUAAAACCCAUGGGGAAGUAGAGACAGCUGCCUAUGGCUUCCUAACUUGUCUUUUGCUCUAUGAAGUAGUGGGGCCUAUCUCUAUAAUCAGUACCCACCUCCUCACUCUUUCUCCAUUCACCAACCCCAGGAGUUUGUACCAUUGCCUCUAGCACUGGCCUGACAAUCAGAUAGGUAGAUGUUUUCAGAAAAGUGAAAUAGUGUUGGUUAUUUUAUUUCAUUUCUUUGUUUUUAUUUUAUACAGUUAAAAAAAAACUACCAAUGGCCUUUGUACUGGGGGAUUCAAGUGAGUCAGAAAAGUACUGGGCAGAUUUUUCCUGCCUCUGAACUAGUGCAUUAUUUGUAAAAUAGAAGAUGCGGUGCAGUUUGCCCACUCCCUGCUGCCCACACCCUGAAAGGGUGAGAAUCAAUGUAAUGAAACUGAGUACGAAAGGGAACUCAGAAGAGUGUGUGUGUGCACGCAUGCGUGCCUUUGUGUAUGGGUGUGUGUGUGGAUGUAUAUAUGAAUGCAUGUACCUAUAAUGCAUACACAUACCCUUUAUAUAAAGAGACAGAUCUAUUUAUCUAUACGUAUUUUAUAUAUAAAUAUAUGUAUAUGUGUGUAUAUAUCUAUAUAUCUACAUAUAGAUAUAUAGAUAUAUUCAUGCAUGCAUACAUACAUACGUGGUGAUGUCCCAAAGGAUUUACUGAAUUUACCAGAAACACUUCCACUGCUAUGGAGUGGUGGGUUUCAAAAGACCACACUUUAAAAUUCUUACUGAGUCAUAGCCCAUCACAAUUAUGAGAAGAUGGGCUUUUCUAAAACAGACAAAAAGUACUUUCCAGAGAUGGCUUGUUCAGAACAACAAACGUUUGGCUUGUCACAAGCUUAAUCUUGAACCAAGACUUCACAUCCUGUAUGGUGAAAACAGGAGGUUGGAAUGGGAUUGGGAAGAUUUAGGCAUUUUGUUAUGAAGGAGCAGCCUGGAUCUUAGAGAGAAGGGGUGGGAGGUAAUGACCAGGACUUACAGCCAAUUUGGAGGGAGUGUCAUCUGGAACUCCAGGAUCAAACUGCCCUCAGGCUAGAAUUGAUUGCCCUGAGGACCUGAAGAAGAGAGGACUAACAUUGGAGAGAAGAGAUAGGGAAGGAAGUGUGAGGAAAUCCACAAUUUGAUUUUAGAUGCCUAGAUUGUUUCAUUUGUUCAUUGACAUUUUGACUACUGGAUCUUUUCAUUUGCUUUGCGAGGAAGACUUCAGAGGACUCUGGCCUGGACCUUAAGGGGUAUUUUGUAAAAGGUUCCUAGGACAUAGAGGCUAUUCCUCCUUGCCAGAGAUACCCUUGAGAUGACCUUGCAUUUCCAGUUUCCAUCCUCAACAGUCUCAGUCUGAGAGAUGGGAACACAGCUUGCAACAUAUUAGCACUAUUUCUUCAUUCAAGAAUUGAGGCCUUCAGCCUCACACACCUCCUUUGGGCUUUCUGAUAUACCUGCCCGAGAAGUAUCAUUUCUACAGGAAUUCACCUGACUAAACUUCUAGCAGGGUUCUCUGUCUUUUCGAAAAACCCCAUGCACUUUAACCCACUGCAGGUCUUUGGUGAUUUCUUUCCAGACAACCAGAAUGCUGUUUGCUCAUUGCCCACUUACAAAUCAUGUAUCAUGAGAGAUUGAAAACAGUCUCGGACUGUUUAAUCCUAGUUUGGCCCAGUUAAGAGAACCUUGCAAUUUGCAGGGGGGAGGGAGCCCUAGAAUGCCUCUCCCUCUGCCGAGAAUUUCGUACACAAACCAAAGCAGGGUGACAGGAGUGUACACCUAGCCAGAUAUAACCAGGAGCAACAUGUACAAAAACCUCUUUGGAUUGGCUGUCUAGUUUGGUCCCUCCUGUUCUCUUGGACCUGCCCAACCUUUCACAACAUCUUGGAGGUUAAGACUGCUGUAUCCAGCAAGAGAGGGAUUUAGUAGCGAUCUUAGAUGGCUUGGAGAUUUCUUUCUGGAGCCACAGAGGGAGGAAUCCUUAGGAGCUCGAAAAGUAACCAGUCACUGAGCUGUGUUAAAUUAAAUCUAUCUUGAUCUCCAUUUUCUUAUAUGGACUACUUGGAGUUAUAUGGAAAAGUAUUUUCUUCAGUUGCUGUUUCUGUGCCUCUUGAAUGUAUUUGCUACAAUCAAAUGACAGUAUUGUUAACUCUCACAGCAUUAAGAAGAUUUCUUAUUUUGUAGGCAUUCACUGUGAGAAGUACAAUUGCUGCUUUGACAGGGGUGAUUCCAGCUUGUCAAAAGGCUUGCUUUUCUCCCUUCCACAAACUUCCACUUUCUCCUAGACUGGCCCAGGGUGAACAAGUGGUUCACUUCCAACCUUGAUUUUUAUUUAGAUUCAGCGUCUCAGGUUUGGAGGAUUAUAAAAAAGAACCAUAAAGGGCCAUGUUCAUAUAUUUUAAUUUAUCUGCCAAAAUACACAAUUUAGAAGCCAAAAAGACUGAGGUGUUCAUUACUGGGACAUGAAUAUUUUCUAACUGGAGGACAAAUUGGUGAAGGCAGAUCUGAGCUUUGCUAUGAGUACCACUUGAAGAGACUGCCAUCUUUCACUUGAAGUUCCAUUUCUGAUGAUGAUGUGGCCUCUCUUGAAGAAAGUCGCAUAGAACCCGAAGAAUGACCCCUUUACCUUGUAGGGCCACAAACAAAAGCCCCCUGGUUGUAUACAGAUGUCGAUCCCCAAGGAUGUGCAGUUCUUGAUUUCUGCUGGUGUGCCUUGGGAUUAACCUGUGACUCCCACCCUUAUUCACUGGCCAGUCUGAUCUGGACCAGGUCUGGCAAACUUCUGCUCAGUUGCAUCAUUUCAUUCUGAGCCAGUAGGACUUCGAGUAGACUUUAAAGCCCAAGAUAUGGCACUUGCAUUAUCUAGUGACAUUUGAUUUUUAUCUCUAUCUUGAUUUUCUGGCAUUGUUGGCCAAAGUCACGUUAACUUUUUUUGGUCACUGAGAAAAACAGCCAGACAAGGCAUUAGGGAGGAUAGUUAAGGUGGGGAGAGGAGGAAUCCUUAGGUAGGGUAGACAGAAUGUGGAAGUCACUGCUUGGUUAUAGUGAUCCAGUCCAUUCGAACCAUAGAAGACUCCUGGUGGGCAUGUCAGUGCUACCCUUCGAGCCUCUAAGACCCUCCUCCUUUGAAAUGACAAGUAGACCACAUUUUUAAAGUAGUUAAUGUAAUUCUACUAAGGUUUAAUCAUUAUACUUAUUCACUUCCUGAUGCAUAUUUCCUAAAUAUGCAUGGGGUUUGGGGGUAGGGGGUAAGUUCUCCUGUUCCAUUAUGUCACCCUGUAUUUUUCUCCCUCUUGUGACUUUGGCAUUUUAUUUUAUUUGACUUUCCAUUUUCUUUUCCCUUGGCUUAUUGCAGUAGUCUGCUGGUAUAGGUAGAGCUCAGUGUACCUAUUCCCCUGUUACUGAUAAUUAUCUUCAUUAUUGCCAGAGGUGGUUUUGAUGUUCUAAGAAAGUAACUUCAUUUUUCACAAAAUCAU